AUGGUCAUUGGCCACUUGUUGACCAUGCCGUUGGUCGUCAUCAAUAUGGGAGGUGAAAUGAUAUAUAUUCUGAAUCAGCGUCUGGAGGCUCAGAACAUCUCUUCAGCUAAGAAGCACCGGGUCUUGAAUGAUGUGAUACGAUCUAUGUUCGAGAAAUCCUUCAUAAAGGAGAUGUUCGUCCCUCAGCAGAUGUGA